AUGGCUGCAGUUGCAAGUGAACGAAUCAGGGUCCGGCAUGGGGAGCAGCUCUCGGAAGAGUACGCCUCCAGGAUUCCGAAGACAGAUGCCGAGAUCCUGAGAUUCUUCCUGUGCUUCCUCGCAGACCAAGGCCUCUCGGAUGUGCCGGUGUUCAUCAACGGAGGUUACGUCAGGGACCUCCUGCUUGGAAAAGAGCCGGACGACCUCGAUCUGACUCUGUGCCUUCGUGACUGUGCGCCUGAGGUAACUGUCGCAGCACUGCUGGACGAGAUGAAGCCGUACGUUGAACAGAGGCCGGAGUUUGGCUUGACAGAGUUCAAAAACGCGACCAUUCUCUCCAACGAGUCGAAAGACAAGCAGCUCGACACCUUCAAGGCGCACUUCACAAACACGGAUGGAGUCAAGACCGAGGUGGACAUCAUGCCGACAAUCGGGGAGGAGAGAUAUUCAGAUGAAAACAGGGUACCUGUCCGUGACCAGCGUGGUCUUCCGGAGGAAGAUGCCCUGCGCCGAGACCUCACGAUCGGCGCAUUGCUAAUGCGCGUGCGCUCUUCUGAAAGCAGCACUGCUCUGCACUAUGAGCUUUUCGACUUUUAUGGUGGAGUAAAUGAUAUCGAGCGAGGAGUCCUGAGAUCUCCCUGUCCUGUCGGCCGGGACCCUGCCGAGGUUGAGGAAGUGGUGCUGAGAACGCCAGAAGAGAAGGAGCUCGCAAAGAGUCUAGGGAUUCACGACUUGCCACCUGACGAAGCUGUACAGGUCCUUUGGUGGAGCAAGGUUCUGAUCGAUGACCCUUUGCGAAUUUGCCGGGCUUUGCGCUUUGCUGCGAAGUUCAAGUUCAAAUUGCAUCCGGCAUUCUGGAAGGCCGCACCCUUCGCGCUAGAGCCAUUGAGAACCAAGGUGGCUGGCAGUCGGAAAUUCACCGAGUACCAGAAGAUUGGAGGAUAUGGCUUCAAAGCUUGCUCCGAGUUCUUUGAGCUCGCCUUCAGCUACACCUUUGGACCUGGAGAGGGCUGCUUGCGGCUGUCCUCGGCAUUGCUGGGCGGCCAGGACGACAAAGGAAAGCCUCGGAUGCUGUCCCAGGUUCACUCCUUCGAUCAAGAGCGCUUCCACUCGCUGGCUGCUACCGUCCAUCCAUUGGAGGGCCAGAAGCAUGAUGGCGUCGAGCUUCUGGGGGAGCUCAUGGUCGCGGCAAUUGCCACAGCUCAGUUCGAGGCCGGUGGAGAUGCCGUAGCUGAGUUCACCACUGCCUGUGAUGGCAUGUGCGUGAGCAACGCCAUGCGCGAAGCCGGCCUCUCUCCCAUGAAUGCUUGUCUUGCAAUGGUAGCAGAUCCACCGUCUCCGAACGCGCUGGACAUUCAUGUGGCCGAAGCUUGCGGCAUCUCGCUGGAAAGCCUUGGUCGACACGUCCAGGUCUGGGAGGCCAUGCAGAUCUGCAUCGCACGCACAGGUCCCGAGUAUGCAACACCUUAUCGACGAAAAUUGGCCCUUGCCCUUGUGCGGUUGCGGGCGCCAGACCAGGCAGAAGAAGUGCAGGCUUGCUUUGAGGCCUGGUCCACCAUGGGCUGCAUGCUUGUCACCAUGCGAAGCUUUCCCCAGUGCACGGCAGAAAUGUUUACACAAAAGCUUCAGAAUAGUUCGUUGCCUUUCCUACCGAGCAGGGUUGUAAUGCACCUGAGUGGAUUGUCGCAACUGUUGCUCAAUACUCAGUAUUAUGCCCAAACCCGUGAGAUUGGUGCCAAUUCCAAGACUUCUGCAUGCUGCUGA